GGGGCGUGCGGGAACUGCGUGCGUUUGCGCUGUGCGGCCCCGCUCGCGGCGUCAUGGCGCGCCUGCUCCGGGCGUUCCGGGGCCUGCCCUUCCUAGAAGUGUGCCGGCGGACCGUAGGGGACGGAGCGGGCAGCUGCGGCGCCGACACGAGGGCGUGUCUCGCGAACGCAGGGUCCCUCACGAAGCGUGAGCCGUCUCUCACGGAGGCCGAGUGGCAGAAGAAGCUGACUCUGGAGCAGUUCUACGUCACGAGACGAAAAGGAACGGAGCCGCCGUUCAGUGGGAUCUACCUGCAUAACGAGGAGUCGGGAAUGUAUCACUGCGUGUGCUGCGGCAGCCCGCUCUUCAGUUCUGAGAAAAAGUACUGCUCUGGCACCGGAUGGCCUUCGUUUUCUGAGGCUCAUGGGACAUCUGGCUCCGACGAAAGUGACACGGGGAUCCUGAGACGCACAGACACCUCAUUAGGAUUCCCUUGCACCGAGGUUGUCUGCAAGCAGAGAGAUUCGAAUUCCCACGACCGUGAACCUGAGCCGACGUCAGCGAUGCAUGUGACCUGUGGCAUAGAGGUGAUCCUCUAUAAUUUCUGAGACCAGCCAGGAGAUGUCUGCCUUGGUCCUGCCCUCCUUCUGGGGGAAGCCAGCUGCCACAGAAGACAUCCCCCCUUCUCGAGGCUGCCAUGCAGGAGAGGCCUCACUAGGAUCUUUAUAGUACCAGGUGGUUGCACCUAAGUGACCUUCAUCAGUGUCACAUGGACAGAACUGUCCCUCCAAACCUGCCUGAACUCAUGGCCCAAAAAUAAAACAGUGGUUUGGGGGGCA